GAGUGGCUCAUUCAGCGAGUUUGAACAACUUUCACAGUGUCUUUUUCUUUUACGGAGGAACUUCUCACCGGGGAAUGGCUUCCGCGCCGCCGUCUUCGCUCCACCUGAGGGCGAGCGAUGUCAUCCAGAAAGAGUACCUGGACGACGGAGGAUUCGGAGAAGUGUACCUGUGCUACCAUGCCACCUUGGGCCGUGUCGUGAUGAAAACCAUGUACACUGGUCCUCUUCGAAACGAGGAGAGCAAGAGGUCCCUGCUGGAGGAAGGGAACAUUAUGGCUAGCCUGAAGCAUGAGCGGGUGGUAAAGUUGCUGGGUGUCAUCAUGGAGGACCGAGGAUGCUCACUCGUCAUGGAGCUGAUGCCCAAGGGGAACCUGUUGGCCAUGCUGAAGAAGGUCCAUGUGCCUGUAUCAAUCAAGGGGAGAAUUAUUGUAGAGAUUUUGGAAGGGUUGGUGUACCUCACGAAAAGAAAUGUCCUACAUAAAGACAUCAAGCCCGAAAAUAUUUUAAUCGAUGAAGAUUUUCACAUAAAGAUCGCGGACCUUGGCCUUGCCACAUGCAAGACAUGGAGUAAACUCACCAAAGAGGAGUCUUGCAAGAAGAGUCGAUUGGGCUUGUCAUGCAGCACGAGGGCGGCGGGCACGCUCAGCUACAUGGCUCCCGAGCACCUGGACAGCAUCCACACCAUCUCCACGGAGAAGUCUGACGUCUACAGCUUUGCUAUUGUGGUUUGGGUCAUCGUCACAGUCAAAGAGCCAUAUGCAAAUGCCAGGAAUGAAGAUCACGUCAGCCAAUGUGUCCGCAAGGGCGACCGCCCUGCGAUGGAUCUUAUUCCUGCUGACACACCUGCAGAGAUUCUUCAACUCAUGGAGAGGUGCUGGAAUCACAACCCCAAACAAAGACCUACAUUUCUCGAGGGCUACUACCUCUUUAAUGAUUUCUACAAGACAAAGCUUGAACUGCACGUGGAGAAAGAUUUAACUCAUCUACGGGUCUCAUACGAAGGCCCAGACGAACUUGUGGAGAAGAUGAAGUGUCUAUCAAUGACUGACGAACGUUUACCCUCAGAUUCUCCAGCGUUUUUGAAGAGCACAUCAUCUGAACCGGUUGAGGCCAGUAUUGAAGAUAUUCAUGGUAUUCCAAUUGAGGUGAAUGUGGAGUCUGUGGGGCCCUCCGUUGAGGCGGAUGCAGACAUGUAUAGAAGCUCCUCAUUGGAGGACAAACUGCAACAGGAGUUGGAGUACCACAAACAUGGCAGCUACAACUGUGGGAACCAGCCUGACUCGGUCAACAGCCAGCAACUAAACCUGUCCUCUGUCCAUUCCUGGGUACAAAGGGCACCUGUGCAAGCAAGCAGCAAUGAUCAUGCCCGGAGUCAUCCAACCAGCUGCCUCCAUGAGUCCAUGACCACUUCCACGUCAAGACUAAAUUCUUUGCAAAAUUUAAAUCAGCAACAUCCAUAUUCUGACUAUUCACAGCAAAAGUCCUGGCCUGCAUCCUCAACUGUUGAAACAAGAUCCACAGACCUCACUUUUAAUGGAUACACCCCCAGCUUUAACAAGGGCGGCGGAGCACAGGAUUCAGGACAUGUUUACAUUUCCCAUUCCAAGGGGAUCCAGAUUGGCAGCAAUAACAACCUCAAUAUUAUCAACCACGACCACGUUCACAGGGUUGUGUCUCUUCCUCCUAACCUGUGGACUGAUCCCCAUUUCAAAGAACAACUUCAGAAAUAUGAGCACCACUCUGUGACAAAAGAGCACCUGGACGUACUGCAGAAAAACAUCGGCCAAAAUUGGAAGAGUUGCGCACGGCGCCUGGGUUUGACUGAUGUGGAAAUCGAGGGUAUAGAACAUGACUUCUACCGAGACGGCCUGCCAGAAAUUGUGCAUCAGACGCUGCAGAAAUGGAAAAUGAAGGUGGGGAGAAAUGGCUGCACGGUCGGGAAGCUUUGUCGCGCUCUCGAAGGUAGCAUCGAUGUUCACGUCAUCAGUACAAUAUUCGACCUCUGUGGCUCCAUUUCCCAAAUCCAAUGAAACUCUCUCUUUCAACAACAACCACGCCUAGUGUGCCGCCCUCGACAUGUAGGAAUAUCUUGGCUUUACCCCAACACCUUUGCUUGAUCAAACACUCUGAAAAACAUCUUCUUGUCCACAGGUUUAUUGACCUUAAAAAGGGUAAAACUGAAAACGGAUGCUUACAUUUAAGACAUGCACACACAAGCAUACUACAAUAACAAAUGCAUUAUGUUGUGUAAUGGAUGAAGAAACACCACAAAAUAUGUAUUUUAAGCACUCUACAGAAAACUAGCUUACUAUGCUAGCAUUCGCUUCAUAGUAUGAAAUUACGUAAAUUAGCAUGGCUGACUUAUGGCCAUAAAACGUCCCAAAUUACAUCACAGCCAACAAAUAAUACACCGCAAUCAAAUAUUACCAUGCUACUCAACGAUACGCAAUUGAUCAGAUGAAAGCGUUUGCAAUCGUCACUGAACUAGCUUAAACUAGACCUGAUAGGAACUCCUUGUGCACUGUGAACUUGGGAAAUGCUGUUAAGUAGGCAAUGCUGCCUCCCGUUGUCUAAAGGAGCUCACUGUUGAAUUCCAAAAUGAACUUAAACACUCAUUUUUACAUAUAUUCUUAAUACAUUUAACAGACAAGACAGAACACAGAGAAUUUGCCAAAGUCUCCUUUUAAUGACUGCUUUUGCGAUUUCUAUAUUUUCAACCAACUAUUUGUAGCCAUGCAGAAAGCUAAUCGAAUGUACCAACAUCUGAAUUUUAACUAGGUGCCAAAUCAGUACAAAUGUGUACAUCUUCAUCAUUGCCUCACUUGUGAAAACUGCAAUCAUGGUCAGAAUUUACAGAAAGCUGAACAAUUCGAUUUCAUUAACAGUUCAGCAACAACCAAUCCCAAUUUCAGUAGUUUUUUUUACCAGCAACAUUCAAACCUUUGAUUCUGGCCAAGCAAAGUCCGAGCUACUGUACACACUCCCUUUGCUGACUUUGUUUUGGUUCAACUUGUAUUCCACUCUAGUGCUGUGCGGUAUUACAAUAUAUAUAUAUUGUAGGACAACAUAAAAAUGUAUUUUCGUACAAUAUCACUAUUGUUUAUAUAUCAACAUUUUUACAUCUAUCCUGCGGCUAAUGUUACUGCAGCAUUUUUGUGGUAGCAUUUUUACGUCACUUGAAAUAAUUUACGGCAAGAGAAUGGAUGUGAACAACGUAGCAGUCCGCUACUUGCAGAUACGGAAAGCACAAUGGAAGCUAAGCCCACAAACCCAGAAGAGGAAAUUGUGCCCAAAAUAGGAAAACGUAAAUCCUUUGUUUGGCUUUGGUUUGGAUUUCAAAAGAGACAGACCGAGCAACACUACUGUAUUUUUCGGACUAUAAGGCGCACUUAAAAUCCUUUCAUUCCCUCAAAAAUCGACAGUGCUCCUUAUAACCCAGUGCGCCUAAUGUACGGCAUAAUUCUGGUUGUGCUUACCGACCUCGAAGCUAUUUUAUUUGGUACUUGGUGUAACGAUAAGUGUGGCAAGUCCCACAUAAGAGAUACGCCAGUAAACAACACCAAAACUUUAAAUGUUCCUUGAGAAUAUAGAACAUUACACACGGCGCUCAAAAAUCUGUCAAUGUUUUUAGUACGACGCUACACCGCUACAACAAAGAUGACGGGGAGAAGACGCUGUCGAAGGUGAGCCACGUAAUUAAGACCGCCCAAAAAUGGCGCAUCCUGAAGCGACUGUCAGAAAGCAACUUGACAAUGAUCUGUCAAACAUCAUCUAUGCAACAUUUUGACCAAAGAACCACCAUUACAUGUGAUGUAGACCACAAAGAAAUGUUUUACAUUUAGAAAAAAAUCAUAAUAUGACCCCUUUAACGCGGCCUAUAAUCUGGUGCGCCUUUUGUAUGAAAAUAGACCUGAAUAGACAUCGGCAGUGCGCCUUAUAAUCCGGUGCGUCCUAUGGUCCAGAAAAUACAGUAAUUGCAAAAGUUUCAAGUUUAUUCACAAUACCAUAUAACAAUUACAAUAGUAGUGAAAUAUUAUCAUUUAAAGAUGUUGGUACGUGAAAGGGUCCCCCAAAUAAGCUAGAAGAAGCUUUUGACAGGGGGUCCAGAGGACAGUAUAUACAUGGAAUGAUGAAACAUGGUAGCAAGCACAACAACAAAAAACAAAAAAAAACAACGCUAUAUGAUUAACACAAGAAAAUAGCACUAAAGCAAGCAUACACAUACAUUCAUACAUUCAUUCAACCAUGCAAAACCCAAAUAUGUCGCCAAAAGCGACUUCAUUCUUCCUUCCUGAAGACGCGGCAUGAAGAACAGUACAGAGACCGUGUUAACAUGCUACAAAGUAUCUCAAAACCACAAAGGGAUGAAAAGAAUAAGAGUUGUUUAAAGCAGUGGUUCUUAACCUUUUUGACUUUGGUGCCCAACUUUUCCACUACACAGGGGACCGGGCCCCCACUCAAAUAUUACCACUGAAUUAGUAAUUGUACUCUUGAUUUAAAUCGUAUUCAAUAAUUAUAUCUAACCUACUUUAAGUUUACAAACUUGUCAAAUGAUAUAAAACCAUGUGCUAUUCAACACAUACAUCUUAGGCUGAAAUCAGGCUGUCUAGAAAAAUAAGUAAACAAAUGUACUGCAUAAGAAGGGGCUCAUAAAUAAUUGAUGAGAAAUUAAUGUACAUACAAUUAUGUAGUGCUAAAAUAAGUACUUGAUAAUGAAGGUUUCUUAACUAGACUGUCAAUAAAAUUGAAGUGAAAAAGAAAAUACAGUUUCACUAAUUUAGUCAUAUUUCUUGCGCUUAAGAAACUUCGAUGACUUUUCUGUUUGUUGGAGAUUGUCAUUAUUGCCACAAGUGGUGGAAAAGUGUAUUACAACUGAGUACCUCUGCAGCCCAUACAAACCGCAGCUGAGAAACAUAAUUUUUGGCGGCCUUCGAGGGCACGCUUGCGGCCCAAUAUUGGUUAAGAAACACUGGUCAAAAGGCACCGUCUAUGACAAGCAGUCUCGCAUGCAAUAAGAAAUGACAGGAGCCGUCUCAUAUGACAUGACCUAGUACUGUACACUGUACAAGAAGGGCUGGCACUUCACAACAUAUAUUUUAUAUAUAAAAAGGUUAAAAGAAAAGACCAUCAAAAAAAUAUAUAGAUAUAUAUUUUGUUGUAAAUAAAGGAAAGAGAAGAGAAAUUAGAAUAAUUUAAUUUAAUGUGUGUAAUACAGUAGAUAAUUUUAAGAAAAAAAUACUAUAUAAUGAUAUAUCUAUUAUCGAAAUAUAAAACAACCUGUAUCAAGAUCUAUAUUUUUGUCCCUAUCGCACAGCACUAUUCCAAGAGAUGUUGCCUUCUACACUCACUGUAGAUAGAUAGAUGGUACUUUAUUGAUUCCUUCAGGAGAGUUCCCUCAGGAAAAUUUUAAAAACACUCACUGUAGGUGUGUGUUUUGUGCACUUACAGUAUCUCUCUCCUUUUAUGUUGAAUCUCCCGCAGCUAAAGCAGGCAAGUUUAUUCAAGUGGUGGGCGAUAAAAAAAUGUUUUUUUCAAUAAUGUUAAAUUCUGAUAAACACAUCAAUAAAGUCUAUACAGCAUGCGUGUCUGUCUGUUGAAUAAGUCUGUAAAUCACUUUGUUGCAUCUGUUAUGUAUGAAAACAUUCAUUUGAUAAACAGUGUGUAAUUUUUCGCACAAAUCGGUUGCAAACUAUACUAACACUGUCUUACUCCGUGUUGACUGCUGUAUACGUUUAUCAUAAAGGAACACGCGUGAUAAUACCUGUUAAACCCACUAUCUUUAAUGUUCAAUUAAAAGCCCUAUUUACACCAAAUGGAUAAUCCCACAGUUAUUGUUCAGUAAACUCACAACAACAAAUUACAGUAUUAUGUGUCAUC